CGUCCGAACCCCACCCUGCCCACUGAUAAUUCCCCACUGCAGAAUCAGACCGAAACCUGGAGAGAGACGGCGUUGCCUUCUUGCUCCCCUCGCCGCUCCCCCUCCCCCCUGCUAUAAAUAACCCUGACUAGCGGGUCAGGAACGUCACACGGCGAGAGACCAGGACCCCGAGGUCUUCUGCUCUGGGAAUAGGGGGCAAAAAGGGUGAGGAGAGGAGAAAGAAAUUGCUCGAUAUCUGCUCGGUCUCUGGCAGCCGCGCUUCCCCUUUGAUGUUUUGGUACGCCGUGCGCAUGCGCCUCACAUUAGAAUUACUGCACUGGGCAGACUAAGUUGGAUCUCCUCUCUUCAGUGAAACCCUCAAUCCCAUCAAAAACUAAAGGGAUGUGGAGAGUCCGGAAAAGAGGCUACUUUGGGAUUUGGUCAUUCCCCUUGAUAAUCGCCGCUGUCUGUGCGCAGAGUGUCAAUGACCCUAGUAAUAUGUCGCUGGUUAAAGAGACGGUGGAUAGACUCCUGAAAGGCUAUGACAUUCGUCUGAGACCGGAUUUUGGAGGUCCUCCAGUGGCUGUGGGAAUGAACAUAGACAUUGCCAGCAUCGAUAUGGUUUCUGAAGUGAAUAUGGAUUAUACCUUGACAAUGUACUUUCAGCAAGCCUGGAGAGAUAAGAGGCUGUCCUAUAAUGUAAUACCUUUAAACUUGACUCUGGACAACAGAGUGGCAGACCAGCUCUGGGUGCCCGAUACCUACUUCCUGAAUGAUAAGAAGUCAUUUGUGCACGGAGUGACUGUCAAGAACCGCAUGAUCCGCCUGCAUCCUGAUGGCACAGUCCUUUAUGGACUCAGAAUCACAACCACAGCUGCCUGCAUGAUGGACCUAAGGCGGUACCCACUGGAUGAACAAAACUGCACCUUGGAAAUUGAAAGCUAUGGAUACACAACUGACGACAUUGAGUUUUACUGGCGUGGGGAUGAUAACGCAGUGACAGGAGUAACAAAGAUUGAGCUUCCACAGUUCUCUAUCGUAGAUUACAAACUCAUCACCAAGAAGGUCGUUUUUUCCACAGGUUCCUAUCCCAGGUUGUCCCUCAGCUUUAAGCUUAAAAGAAACAUUGGCUACUUUAUCCUGCAAACGUACAUGCCUUCCAUCCUGAUUACCAUCCUCUCCUGGGUCUCCUUCUGGAUUAAUUACGAUGCCUCAGCUGCAAGAGUGGCAUUAGGAAUCACAACUGUCCUGACAAUGACCACGAUCAAUACCCACCUCCGGGAAACUCUUCCUAAAAUCCCGUAUGUGAAGGCCAUUGACAUGUACCUGAUGGGGUGCUUUGUCUUCGUUUUCAUGGCCCUUCUGGAAUAUGCUUUGGUCAACUAUAUCUUCUUUGGAAGGGGCCCCCAGCGCCAAAAGAAGGCAGCUGAGAAGGCUGCUAGUGCCAACAACGAGAAGAUGCGCCUGGAUGUCAACAAGAUUUUUUAUAAAGAUAUUAAACAAAAUGGGACCCAAUAUCGAUCCUUGUGGGACCCUACUGGAAACCUCUCCCCAACUAGACGGACUACCAAUUACGAUUUCUCUCUGUAUACGAUGGACCCCCAUGAGAACAUCUUACUGAGCACUCUCGAGAUAAAAAAUGAAAUGGCCACGUCUGAGGCUGUGAUGGGACUUGGAGACCCCAGGAGCACAAUGCUGGCUUACGAUGCCUCCAGCAUUCAGUACCGGAAAGCCGGAUUGCCCAGGCACAGUUUUGGCAGGAAUGCCCUGGAACGACACGUGGCACAAAAGAAAAGUCGCCUGAGGAGACGUGCUUCCCAACUGAAAAUCACCAUCCCCGACUUGACUGAUGUGAAUGCCAUAGAUCGGUGGUCCCGCAUAUUCUUCCCAGUGGUUUUUUCCUUCUUCAACAUCGUCUAUUGGCUUUAUUAUGUGAACUAAAACAUAGCCUCCCCUGGGAAGCAAAGACUAGAUCCCUCCUCAAACCAGUUGUACAGCCUGAUGUAGGACUUGGAAAACACAUCAAUUCAGGACAAAAGUGAUGCUAAAAUACCUUAGUUGCUGGCCUAUCCUGUGGUCCAUUUCAUACCAUUUGGGUUGCUUCUGCUAAGUAAUGAAUACACUAAGGUCCUUGUGGUUUUCCAGAGAAGGUGCAAGUGAUUUGUACACAUGCUGGCAAGACUCAGUCUGAGUGUUCUACUUUACCUGUUUAGCUUGCAGCCUACUCAGAGAGGAAUUACUUAGAAGAUAUUCUUGGGAGGCUCAAUAGCAUUGUCAGUCAUUUCCCUGAGAAGUGGUCAUAUCUAGAUAUCCAUCUUCAUUUCUACGAUUGGCAUGCUGCUGAGAUGGCACUGUGCUUAUGAACAUCAUCUACAGUGCCAUGCAAGCACGUUACUUGAAGAUGGUCUAUGCCUGUCUUAUGAAGGUGAUAAUGGUGUCAUGGGAAGAUGAUUCCCACUGGAUUCUAGAAGAUUCUCAUUUAGUUGGAGCAGGAUAAGGGAGAGUCAAGACAGAGACUCAGGAAACCAAUUUGCCCAGUCUCUUUGCUUUUUAGCACAGGGAAUCACCUACGCUGUCUUUCAUUUUAGCAUUUAGAGACUAGAAGACUUCUGAACAUUAUCAUUCAUGGUGGCCAAAGAAAUUUUCGCUAAAAAGCUAUUUCCUAAGUGAUUAAAAUAAGAGUUAACAACACAGAGCAGAGUAGAAAAUCCAGAAAUGCCUGUUGGAACAAAAUUAAAGCAAGCAGGCAAGCAAGCAUAACCCUUAUCAGCCCACACAGCAUCUGGUCUCUACAUCCUAUGUCCCGUGGCAAAGGGUAGAGCAAGAGGAAUUUUUUUUCAACCUCACAAGCUUUUGACAGUAUACCUAAAGAGGUUUUUAUCAUUUAUCUAAUCAAAAGAUAACCAUGAAAUAGAAAAGUUGGGGAAAUUAGAAGCAUCUUAGAUGUACAGAUUACAUUGGUAGUCAUUCGAAUAUACAAAUACAAAACAUAAAGUUAAACAAGCAGGUUGUUUAUCUCAGACGUCAACUGCUUCUGCGGCACAUCCUUAUAAGUUUACUUCUGAAUUUAACAGGGUAUUUCAAAAGAAAGAUGGGUUCAUCACUUUAAGGAAUUAAUGGUCCACUCGAGCUUGUCUUCCUUCCAAAAUUCUGAUUAUAUUCUUAGGAGACUGACAAAGUAAGGUUUUGGAGAGAUUGAGUGAACAGUAUUUUCUUAUGUGCAAUGAAAUUCACUGUUGUAUUUUUCAAGGCAAAAAAUACUUCAGAAAGUAUGGGCACAAGAAGAGGUAAUUUUGGGAUUUAUUGGGUGUGAUUCUUUAAGGGUGCUUUUGUUGUAUAUGUUGCAAUCUGCCUAAUCAGGGAAAAUAUGAAAAACAGUGGAAAAUAAGAUAACAACAAAGUCACAUUAACAUGAUGAACGUUAUGAGCCUGAGUUGAUAUUGCAGAAAAAUAUAUAACUGAUAAUCAGGCAGGCACAAUGUGUUAUUUUAAUUCUAUUUUUAAAUUACGUCAUUGUGCUUCUUUCUAUACUAAUUGGACAUACGCUUUCAUCUGCUGGACAGGAAAGAGAAUAAGCUAAUGUAUUCUAUUUCAAUCAAUGUGAGGUGCAUAUUUUGCUUUUCUUAUAGAAAAUAAUGAAUUGCUAAAUUUUCCUCAAAGCUUAAUUUGAUUGAACUUUUUCUUGGACAAUAACUUUGCUAUGGUCUAUUUUGAAAACAAAACAAAACAGAAAACCCUCUUCUUUUUAGAAUAACAUCCCUAAUUGUGCAUAGCAGCCAGUAUCUGUCUAUGGAUAAAAAUGUGUAUUUGUGAUUCAGCAGCUUGGAAUGUGAUAGAACACUGUUGCCCUGCGUCUCAGCUGUCAGAGAACAACAGCAACAACAAAAGUUCAUCAUUCAGCUUUCUGAAUUUGGCCCAGUAUGGGGUGGUAUUUUUUUCCCCACCAUCUAGGGAACUCUGGCCCUUAUAUUUUGAUUACAUACUUGAACACCUCUGAGUAUAAUCUUUGAGCAGAAUCUGACACAGGUUCUUCCAAUAAGCUCGGAGUAGAGACUCCUCAUGUGUCUCCAGGGACACACUUACUCCUAGGCAGUCGUUUUGGGGCAUCACACUAAUAAAGUGCCUGCUCCUUGUCACCAGGGGAUAAAGUUUGAGUGGAAAAUAUCAGGAAAGAGGAUACCAAUAACUCAGGGGCACAACUUUAAAAUGCCAUUCUGGAAAGGCUUUUCUAGAGACAACUCAGAGCCCAAGUCUGGAAGUGGGCUCUUAUGUGCAAUUACUCUAAAAGCCAUAAAAAAAAAAAAAUCCUUGACAUUGUCAUUUAUAGUUACAGCAGAAUUUUGGAUGUCUGGGGAAGUCAACAGAGCAAUCUAGAUCAAAGCGGAGAGAAGGAUCUUCACAGCGUGAGCCUCAGAAGCAUAUGACCAGGAAUUCAUGUCUGCUCUCAGUGAUACAAGAAACUAGGCAAAGGAGGAAAGAGGGGACCUUGGAACCCAUGCCCUAGAGUGAAAACCACACAUUGGCACUCAGUAACCACACAAGUAGAAACAACUGACUCAUCCUGUCAAGAAAUAACAGUAGAUGUAGAAUUUGUUCUUAAACUAUAUGUUUCCUCUAGUUGAAUUGGAAGGCGGUCAUCAGACAGAGGGAAGGGUGCUAGACUAAUAAUAAGUCUUGGGAGACCCGUUAGCUUGAUAUCCAGUGGCUAAACUGAAGGACCACAAUGGUGUGUUUCAGCAAUUCUGAUGUGGUAUUACUAUCAGUUUAUACAUAUGUAUAGUUUUCUUUCGAUUACAAAACAGUCAGAUAGCCAGCAAUUAAGGUGUUUUUCCAUCUUUGUGAAAUUCGUAGACAAAUUCUGACUCAAAAAUACACAGUCUACAUGAAUUCUUUGAUCUCAAUCUGUAUAUAUAUAUAUUGUACAUGACUGCUAGUAGGUAUGAAAUGCACUUCAGAAUUGAAAACUCAUGCAACAUAAGGAAUGUUACAAUUCUUUCUACUUCAAAUUUAAUAACAGGGGAAAAGACUCAAGCAGUGCCAUCUAGACCUUUUCUCUUCUCAUUUCUUCAAAAGCAGUGCUAAGUAAAAUAAUAAAUAAUAAUAAUAAUAACAAUAAAAGUGGUUUAUGAACCAAAAGACUUUACAUUCUAGCAUUAGGAACACACACAAAAAUUUGUCAGCUUACAAAAGCACAACACAUAGAGAAAGUGGUAGAAUGCAUAAUGGGGAAAAGAAUCACAUUCAUUUUAAGCAAGACCUGCAUUAAAUUGGCAACAAAGACAACUUCCAUUUUCUGUAGGUAAUUGUGUUCCAGUUUUAUGAUGAAAUUCACACGCAGCAACAAAAACAGCAAAACAACAUCAACAAAAAACAUGUCUUACAACAUAUCUAGAUGUAUAUAUGUGUAUAUACAGAUUCAUGUAAACAUACAUACAUAUAUAUGCAUUCAUAUGUUGGAAAACAAAAGGAAUAAGCUAAUAUGUUUUAUUUCCUUCAUUAAACCAGUGUAUGAGUAUUAUUAAUUUGGCAGCCAACAAUCAACAUUGAAAUAAAUAAUACAGGGUACUGAGCAUUUCUCUAUCAGCAGAUCAAUGCCUACAGUUCUUAUGAACCAUUGCACAGUUUGACCCCACCAUAGUACUGUACCUCAGAACAUCACAAAUGAAGUAGUUGUCACAUUGCUUGUCUAAUUGCUCUCUUUUUCAAGGAAACAAAUAACAUUCUCCAUUGGUGAUAUAAAAACAAAAAUGUCUUAAGAAAAAUGGAAAAUGAUAAAAAUUCCUUCUAGGAGGAGGAAAAAAAAAAAAAAGAAACCCCCAUCACGUUGGUUAGGGCAAAAUACUUACAACUGUAGCAAUCAUACCAUUUUGCUAAGUGUACAGAGUAUAUGUAAUGUGAGCAACCAUAACUUUCACCGAGCGUGUGUAAAUAUUAAAACAGAUUUCUUAAAUAUUUUUAACUUCUAAUUUGUAUUUUAUGGUAAGGCAAUGUGAAAAUUCUGUUUAUGGCUUAAGUUGUUGUGUUAUAAUAUGUAAAUAAUUAAACAUGGUGUAAAUGAAUAGUCAGUAGAUACAAAUAAUUGUUUAGUUUGUUUUUUUUUUCUUAAUUUUUAUUUAUUUUUUACUAAGUAUGGUUACUGCAGUGCCCCAGCAGAGUAAUUUAAACACCCUUUUGCAUAAAUGGUUUGGGAAUCCCAGACAGAAGGGUUUCAAUUUGCUAUCACACACACACAGUCACACACAGUCAUACACACACACACACACACACACACACACAAUCAUCUUUGCCUCACCUGCUCACUCACUCUCACUGGCUCCCCCUCUAUGGGAAACACUGUAGUGUUUGUGUAGUCAAUGUAACAACCAAGAGACAGCCUUAGAAAUGGCAAUUGGGAAAAGCAAAAAUGAAAUAAAGGGUUUUUUUUUAUAUGCCAGAGUUCAAGAAACCAAAGUUUGCAACUUAACUCUCGAUUCUCAAAGAGUGAGAGUUUGUAUAGAUGGCACUACAGGAAAUAAAAAUGUUUAUUCAUACCAGCUCCAGAAACAUGUUACACACAAUACAUUCUACAAGCUUUUUUUAAUAAUAGCAUUUUGUCUUUAGAUAGUAUUGUUCCUUUUAACCAAAGAGUCCAGAAUUAUUAAAAAAACAAAAAAGGAAAGAAAAAAGGAAAAAAGAGGGAAAGUGGAGGGGGGGAAAGGACAUUGCUUCACACCAAAGGUUUACAAAACAUUUUCCAAAUGCACUAGGGAGAUGGGGAAAAGUAGUAGAGAGUGAAAAAAAUACAAAUUAAGAUACUGCCCUAAAGAAAUCAUUUUUAAAAAGCAGCACUCUUAUGAGAGCUGUUAGGAGUUUUAUUUUUUUCAGAAAUUGAAGUCGAACAUUUCUGUAGAUACAUGCAAACUUCUUAUAUCAAAUUUUAAUUUGCUUUGAGAAGUGUUUCUUUUGUGAUAAAUAUAAAUAUAAUCCAAAAUGAUGAAAAAUAAAACUUUAUGUUCUUUGAGUUCCAAAGUCAAAUGUCACUUCUCUGUCACAUGUCCUCUAAUCUGAUGCCCAUGUGUGUGUCCUUGCACUAUUUGAAGCAAGUGGACAAUUCAUUAGCUUGUAUCUUUUUUUUUUUCUUUUUGGUUCAACGAUUUGCCUUCAACCAUGAUCAUUUUAAACGUAAUUAAUUCAAACAAAGUUGCCUAUAAUUUAAAUUCCAUAACAUUUUUAACUUUUCUUUGCAUGGGUGUUUAAAUAUUUCUGUUAUGAAUAUUGUCCCUGCACAGUUCUAAAUCGUCCUUUUAUAAAAUGUGAUAUUCUAGUUUCUUCACAAUGUAGUGAUUAUCAGCCUUACUAAUUACCUUGUAGCCUUUCUUAAUAUGCACAUAAUGCACAUUUUCCAAUGGCUAGAAAAUGCAAAACACAAGUGGAUAUCAUUGCAUCUAUUUUCAUGUCUUUCUAAAAACAGGACUACUAAAAUCUCUGGGAUACAUGAGACAGUAAAAAAAAUGAGGAUUAUAAAUGAAUAGCACAUAAGAAUUAUUUUCUUGAAUUUAAACUUAUUGCAGCCAGUUUCAGCAUGUAAAUACAUAAUAAUGUUGACUAGUGUGUAAUUCUUGAACUAAGAAAUAUAAAUAAAAAUAAAAAGUAGUGUG